AUGCAACGGCGAAAUAGUUUAACAUUGAGCACUGCAGACAGUGUGACUUCUGAUCCUCUCGAUGUGGCACUCUCGAAGCCAGACGAUGAGCUACUGUUCUACACGGCGAGCGUACACUUCCUUCGUAAACGUCUGGAAGAGAAGAGCCACCGACCACCGAAACCGCAAGAGGCGACACGAAGUUGUUGCAACUUGAGUCGGCCACCCGCCCCUCACCUUAGUUCUAGUAGCGUACAUAAGAUAGCAAAAAUAAAGUUAGACCACGAUUCUCUUGUAGGAGAAGGUCCGUCGUUGUCAAUGCAACAAGUUCUGCCGUUUCCUAAAUCAAAUGAAAACGGUUUCCUCACACGUUUAAGGAACACGUUCCGCAGGUUCAGGCGCCCCGCUGAUGUGACCGAGCAACAGUCGGAGGAGUCCGACACCAAAAGCAUAUCUAACUUCAAAUUCCCCAGAUGCUCGCGUCUACGAAACCCUCACUCAUCAUGUUUAGUGGAAAUAUCGGAGGAAAACUCUAAGGAAAGCAUAGGAGCUCCUAAUGUCAGACAGGCAACAAGUAGUAAAGGUGAUAUGUUAGAAGAAAAAAAACGUGUAAUUCGCUGUAGAAGGUAG